AUGAGCUCGCUCCUCUAAAACUAAAAGGCGACUGAGAAAAAGUGACCAACGUUUGGAUUUAGAAUAGCAAUUGUAAAACAUUCAUACAAUUGAAAUCGGGAAGCGUUGAUCAUUCGUUUAACGGUGGAGUCCUGAGUAGCACGCGAAUCUCGGUCUCAAAUAAUUUAUUUAAAGAAAAAAAAGUAAUAAAAAAAUAUAACUACAAAUUAAGACUUAAAUAAAGCUACUUAAAGAGGGACUUGCGUAAUAUCAUUUUAUAAUUGUUUAAUAAAAAAAGAAAAAAACAUCACAAAUAAAACUCCUUUAAGUGUUUUCUUAAUUUAUAAUAAAUAUUUAACACUCGUCAAUACUAUAAAAACUGAUUCGAAGUGUUAAAGUCCGUUAGAGGUUUACGUUUGACGGAUUAUCGUCCGCAACGCAGUAGUCAUCAGGAACGUUUACGUAUUAAGGAUCUAUAUUUUACCUUCAAAAUGCCCACGGUUGCCGAAGAGUCUAUUGAUGCUUUCCAAAACUACUAUGCCCGUCCACCAGAGAGACCCAAGAAGAAGUCUUUCAAACAAAUGGUUUAUGAUCCCGAGACAAGUGAAUAUUUUGGCCGAACCAUAGAAAGCUGGGCAAAAAUUGGUGUUUUCUAUACAGCAUUUUAUGGAGUUUUAGCGGCGCUGGUUGCCAUCUGUAUGUGGGCUUUCUUUCAAACUUUGGAUCCUCGCAUACCAAAAUGGACAUUGGAUGGUUCGUUAAUAGGAACAAAUCCUGGCCUUGGUUUCAGACCACUUCCACCCACAGAUAAUGUUGAAAGUACCUUGAUCUGGUACAAGGGUACCCAUCAUGAAAACUACAAACAAUGGACAGAUGCUUUGGAUGAAUUUUUGGAUGUUUACAAAGUACCCGGUUUAACACCCGGUCGUGGUCAAAACAUUUACAACUGUGACUACAAUCAACCACCACCAAAGGGUCAAGUAUGCGAUGUGGACAUUAAGGCCUGGUCUCCCUGUACCAAAGAGAAUAACUACAGUUAUCAUAAGAGUUCACCGUGUGUAUUCUUGAAAUUGAAUAAAAUCUAUGGUUGGAUACCGGAAUUCUAUAAUGAUUCCUCUGAUUUGCCAGAAAAUAUGCCAAGAAAUCUAAAGACCUAUAUUGCUGAUGUACAAAAGAAUCAAUCACACAAGAUGAACACCAUUUGGGUUUCAUGCGAGGGUGAAAAUCCUGCUGAUCAGGAGAAUGUGGGUCCAGUAGAUUAUUUGCCGGUACGCGGUUUUCCCGGCUACUUUUAUCCCUAUCAAAAUUCAGAGGGUUAUUUAAGUCCUUUAGUGGCUGUACAUUUCCAAAGACCAAAACGCGGUAUUAUUAUCAAUAUUGAAUGUAAAGCAUGGGCCCGCAAUAUCAUACACGAUCGCAAGGAUAAACUGGGCUCAGUACAUUUUGAACUUUUAAUAGACUAAUAUGUGUCUCUUUUGAAAGCUUUUUAUUUAUAAAUUUUUAAAUUAUUUUUAAAUUUUACCAACGAACAAUUCAACAAACAAAAAUAAUAAUACCAAUACUUUCUGUUGCGUUUAAGCACAAAUUUCAAUAGUUAGAAAAUAUGAUAAAAGAUUUUAUAAAAACUUAUUAAACCUUAAAAAAUACCAAGCACAGUUUUAUUAAUUACAAAUGAAAUUAAAAAAGAAACAAACGAAUUAAUAAAUUAAUAAAUAAUUGUUGUUACUUUAUUUUAAAGUAAACUGCCAUUCACCAAAUAUUUAAACACACAAACCAAUUCAAUUACACAAAUUACUAUUUAUAAAUAUAAUUAUUUUUCUUUUUUUUUAAAUAUAAUUUCGAGUGUAUAAAUUGUUGUUGCUAAAUGAAGAUAAAGUUAUAAAAAAAAAACAAUAAUUAUAAAAUAAAAAAAAUGUUAAGUAAAGAAAAGAAUCUAACUGGGCAUAAAAGAUAUAAAAAGAUGAGUUGUAGCUACAAGUACUAAGUAGUUGAGUGUGUGUGUGUAAAUUUACCCCACAAACUAUAAAAAAAAAAAUAUUAAUUAAAUAUAAAGUUAUUGUAUAUUUAAAAAAACACUAUGACUAUAUAAAGUCAUAUAAUUUUGUUUAAAUAUUAUUAAUUUAACUACUACUAUUAUUUCUCUUUCUCUCUCUCUUGCUUUUAAAUGUUUAAAUUUUAAACAAACUAAAGAACGAAAAACAAAAUAAUUUAAUUUAUAAAAAAAAUUAAUAUUAGUGUCAUGAAAGCUUCUAGCAAUGUACAAGUUAGUUUAAUCUCAAACCGCUCAAAAGCCCCCCAACUUCCCAAACGGAAUCUUCCCAAAAGUAAAAAACAAAAGAAACACAUCCCCACCCUUUAUUAUAUAGCAUAUUACUGCAUACAUUAUUAUGACGAUAAACCAAUUCAAAGCUAAUUUUGAAUGUUUUUUAAAAUUAAUAAUAAAAAAAUAUGAUUUAAUUUUUUUAAGUUAUUAAUAAAAAUUUAACAAAACAAAA